AUGGCGAUAUCAGAAAUAACAGAGGAGGAACCAGAAGAUGGGUUUCUCAUCAACAAACAAGCACAGAAGGAGACCAUCAGAAGAAUGCUACAUCACCAGAAAUCGCUCCUUCUCUCUUCCACCACUUCAUCAUCUUCUUCCCUCACUUCUUCCAACCCAACUGAAGCUUCUCGUUCCUCGUCUUCCUCAUCGUCGUCUUCUCAGGAAAGCAAGAACAGCACCAGCUUGCUGGGUCUGAUGAGAACCGGAAGCACGUCGCUGGGGAGAUUGUUUGGGAUGGAGCACACGACUCUGGCCGCACAUUUCCAUGACUACAGCUGUUCUUCCACGACGAAGACGAUCCCUCUGUGGGGGAGCGACGCAGAGGAUUCGAAAGCAGAGGAGGAUCCCUGGGAAUCCAUUAGAGGAUUUGGGAUGCAGGGCUCAGAUUCUAGUAGCUGCAAAGAUGAUCAAUUGAGGGUUAAGGCUGCCAGUACUAGAAGAAGGAGGAGAAGUAGAAGAGGGAAAUUGAGCAGGAAAAAGUCGUUCAGGAAACUGCCGAGGUUUCCUUUCUGGAGGUGGAGGCUGAGAUUCAAACGGUUCAGGAUUUUGAUCUGUGGCAAAAUCUUCUGA